GCAACAGAUGAGUGAUAGUCCUACCAACAAAGGAGACAAAGAGCGUUCCAAGGACGAUAAGUGCAACAGUGAGAUAGGACUCACAAGUAAUAGCCCUCAAUCUGGGAUAGGGAGAAGAUCAAGGAAAGCAAAGACAACAGCCGAGUUCAAAAUAUUGGGUAAAAAGCAUUCCAAUAAUGAUGGUAAAACAGGAAGAUGGUCAACUCAAGAGCACAUCCGCUUCCUUCAAGGCCUCAUUCAGCAUGGGAAAGUAUGGAAGUUAGUCCAAAGACACGUUAAUCUAUCUUAUGAACCUACAAAUAAGGCUCAAAGUUUACAAAGAACAGGACCUCAAAUCAGAAGUCAUGCACAAAAAUUCUUUAAAAGAAUUUUUCCAAACUGCCAACCUGGAGAAAAUCCAAUCCAGUGUCUUAAGCGGGAAAAGUUUUCAAUUGAUCUCAUCAUCUCAGGAAUCGAGGACACUCAAGAAAAACUAGCUUUGAAAGAAGAAUUAGAAGUGAAGCUUCAAGAUUUCCCUGAUUGAGACUGUGACCAGUUCAUUUCAAAGAAGACAAAAACUUCAAGUGUCAUCAAGAGUGAUAACUCAGAUUGUAAAUCUUCAAAAUCAUUUGAGAGAAAGCCCACUGUAGAAUUUGAAAAUUGCGAACAACAGAAUGAAGUACGGGACACUAAUUCAAAUGAACAAAGCUUUACUUACUUCCCAGCAACAUAUAAGAUGGCAACGAUGGGGAUGACUACUCCUCAGAGUCAGCCUAACCAGGAUUCGUUUAAAUUUGAGAAAUCCUUUGACUCUUAUAAGAAAGACUCAUCAUCUCCAUGAAUUCAGCUUUCUUCUGAAAAUCCGAAAAGGAACUCUCUCAAAAGAAAACAUUCGGAGAUCGUCCGUCUUGACAAAUUAGAAAGAGUAGAUGUUCCAGACUUUCAUAUGCCAACACCUGUUGGUCAAGAAGACAUCAAUAAAAAGACUAAGAUUAACAAGAGAGAGGCAAAAUUACUCAGAAGACAAAGAAUAAUGACAGAGACUGUACAAGAUUUUCAGGGAAGAGUAGGAUUUUGCCCAACCAAGAAAUCUGAACAGACCUUAUCUAGUAUUGAGGUUCUUAGAAAUAAAAACAUUCCAAAGCCACAGAUUGGUAGCGUGAUGUCUCUUCAGAAAUACAGUAUUGAUGAGAGUGGUUCCGUUAUCUCAGCCAGUGGGAAGAAAGCACAAGUGAAACUGAUAAAAAUGAACAAGGAUCUGAACUCAAACAAUCAUGGAUUUCAUAGGUUGAGACUACAAACUUUCUAAAACAUUCAACAGAGCCUCUCCUCCAA